CUUAGUGGACUGAAGGAUGUGAUUUUCAUCUUUUUUUCUACACUGCACCCUUCCAUUUUUUCUUUCCUUCUAAAUUUUCUUACCCAAAAAAACAAAUGAAUCCUUCAGCUAUAGUCAUGGCAAAGGAGCUGCCCGAAGGAUCGUCACGAUCUGGCGGUGAACAGUUGCAAAAUCCAGCACCGUUGAGCCGAUAUGAGUCACAAAAGAGGAGAGACUGGAAUACUUUUGGACAGUACUUAAAGAAUCAGAGACCACCAGUUCCAUUAUCACAGUGUAAUUGCAACCAUGUUCUUGAAUUCCUCCGAUAUCUCGACCAGUUCGGAAAGACUAAGGUUCAUUUACAUGGUUGUGUGUUUUUCGGACAACCUGAUCCGCCUGCUCCUUGUACUUGCCCUCUAAGGCAAGCUUGGGGCAGUCUUGAUGCUUUGAUAGGUAGACUUAGAGCUGCUUAUGAAGAAAAUGGAGGCUCACCUGAGAAUAAUCCAUUUGGGAAUGGUGCGAUUCGCCUUUAUUUGAGAGAAGUAAAGGAGUGUCAAGCUAAGGCAAGAGGGAUUCCUUAUAAGAAGAAGAAGAAAAGGAAGCUUAAUAAUCCUAUUAAGGCUACCAUUGGUGCACCUGCUGCUACUGAUCAACAUANAAAAACAGUUUAUUAAUUUCACUGUUGAAUUUGCUUCUCUUAAAAUAUACUACUAUCUGUUUUCAAUAGUUCUUGGCCCUUAAAAGAUUUGGAAAGAUUUUGUGUGCUCAUGAACAAACCAUGUGAUGUUACUAUAGUUGGAGUAAUUUUGAAGUGGAAACAAAACUAGGAAUGCCUAUAUAGUCUUCAACCAUUAAUUUAAAUUAUAUAAUUAAUAGAAUCGCCUGUACAUCUCCAACAAGCAUAUAUGUAAUGAUUACUACAAAAAGUUCCAGACGAAUAUUAUGCUUGCCUUUUGUACGUAGGUUUUAGCAGUCAAGGCCUUUUUUCGUAUUAUUUGUAGUAAAUAGUCACAUAUGAAGAAUAUAUUUUUGCAAGUACGUGGUCCUUUUGUAGCUUGUUAUGUUCCUUCUUAGGAAUGUCUCUAGACUUCUUCUUUGGGAUUUUAAUGAUCCUCUCCUGUGAAGAGUAUCUGAGAUGUUCAAGAUAUAUAUGAUCUUUUGUAGACUUUGAUUCUUUUUGUGUCUGAUUUCUAAGUAAACGCCCUAAUCACUCCACUUAGCUUGCACUUUCUAUUGACUGUUAAUCAACGGACACGUGAUUAAGCCAUAACUUAUUGUAGUCUAUUUACUUCUCAAUGAAGUAUUAUAAAAUUUCGACUGCUAUCCGAUAGAAAAUUUAACCUUAAUGCGUACUUUGAAAUCCUCAGUCUGCUUGUGCAAUAAGAUUUAUUACGAGUAAGGUUAAACCAAAGGAAAAUUGUUCACAUGCAUAGUUCGUUUGAAGUGCAUAUCAGCAGAUGGCUCAAUGAUUUAGUUCAUGACAAAACUCGAGAUGGCUUAAAUUUAAGAAUUAAUCAAUAAUGCUGGUCAAUCAACUUAACAUGAAGUAAUAAUCUUAUACACGAUUUGAUUGUUAUCAUAUCUUUUUGUUGGAACCACAAAAGUCCCCGUUGGUCUACUUCCUGCUAAUUGCAUCAAUAUCCCCACACUCAUUUGUCAAUGUUGACAAGUACUGUAUCACCUUCAUUAUACUUUUGAUCAUCUAACCAUUUUUUUUAAAGGAAUUGAGAAUGUUCAAUUCUUCCAGAUUAUAAUCAAGAGGUAAAUGUAUUGUUCACUUUUGAAUUUUUCUUUUUUUGUUGCUAAGAACAAGCAUUUUUUUUAUUGAAUUCGCUUUUGAAUUCUAAUAUACAGAUAAGGGUCUCUGCCUAAAUCCCGCACAAAAGCGGCCUGUUUAUGAGAAAAGUACUUGACAUAUAUAGGGUGGUCGAUCACAAUCGGAUGCAUCUUAGAUAAGAAGAUGUUGCUGCCUGCCAACAAAUGUCUACCUGAAUACUAGCUAGCUCUAGCUAGCUAGCUAGGUUUUCUUAUUAGUAGAUUAUUAAGUUAUAUACUGAUAAAGUCUUAGUCUUAAAUAAUUUAGUUAGAUAAUCAGUUUCUGUCAAUGAAAAAAAAGCAGGAAUAAUUCUCUUUUGGAAAAUUGUGAAGGGAGUUUUCCACUGCUUAAUUAUUGCUGUAAAUUGAAUUACUUCCCUGCUGCUACACUUGACAUCAAUUACUGCAGAAGUCAUUAAUAGUUGGAGUAUUUCAGUUUUCUUUCAGCACUUGGUUGUUUUUAAUAAGACACUAUUUACUCCUUGUUAUA